AUGGAGUCCGAGUGCUUCCCUGCCGUGCCGGUGUCCACGGCGACGGGCCAGUCAGCCGGCAGCGUGGUCAUCAAGCAGGAGCCCAUGUCUCCGCCGCCGGCAGUCUCGAGCCCUCCUCCGCCGCCAGCUCCGACGUCGUCUUCGUCGUCGCAGUCCCGACGGCACGCCUCUUCGUCGUCUCGACUCCUCAGCUCGGCGCUGUCGUCGGCGCCCUUGGCGGGACCCGGGGCGCUGACGUCGUGCGUGUCCACUUCGGGCCAGCCCCUUCAGCAGCAGCUUCAGCAGCAGAGCCUCCUCAAGCAGCCCACCAUCGUGCUGGCGGCCGCCAGGUCGGAGCGACACCUGGUCUUCCCCAAGGUCAACAUAAAGCUGGAACCCCCGUCGGGGUUCGUGCUCCCGCCGACGCCUCCGUCGAGCCACAGCAGCGACUCGGACGGCAGCCUGUCGCCCGUGCACAGCACGGACAACCGGACGCCCACGAGCUUCACAGCCGCCGCCACAACGGGGCCCGGCUCGGACGUGCCCGUGCCGCCGCACCAGGGCACGUCGCAUCACGCGUCGUCGUCGUCGUCGUCGUCCAUGAGUCGCCGCAGCCAGUCACACUCGCGGGUCGCCGCGACGUCAUCGUCAUCAUCAUCAUCAUCAUCAUCGUCGUCGUCGUCGUCGUCACGGGCAUCGGGAAGCGGCGGGAGUCAGCUCAUCAGCAGCCAGUCGGUGAGCGACAGGAAAGGUGCCACAGGAGUGUUGGUCCUGACGGAUGAAGAGAAGCGCACCCUGCUGGCGGAGGGUUACCCUAUCCCUCAGCGGUUACCGCUCACAAAGGCCGAGGAACGCUCCCUCAAAAAGAUACGGCGGAAAAUAAAAAAUAAGAUAUCCGCCCAGGAGAGUCGCCGGAAGAAGAAGGAGUACAUGGACUCCUUAGAAAAGAAAGUCGAAACGUUACUCAGUGAAAACCUGGAGUACAAGAAAAAGGUGGACGUUCUGGAGAGCAGCAACAGGUCCCUGCUGUCGCAGUUACAGCGGCUCCAGCUCUUGCUGGGGGGAGAGUGCUCCGGCAAGUCUACGGCGUCCAGGUGUGCAGCCGCAGCCACGAGAAUGGACCUGGAGACAGAAGACGAACCCGUCGACGUUAUAUAACGCUUUCAUCUUAGCAGCAAUGUACUCCUUCCUUCAUCACGAAAUCGCCGAGGAAAAGAAAAAAAAAGAACAGAAAUUCCGCUCGUCGUUUUUUCUUGUUGCAUCGAAUGUUCUCGGACGCUAUUUAAAAAAAAAAAAAGUCACCACGCCCUUCCGUCUGAAACAAGCACGCAGGCCAGAAAGAGCCUUUCUCAAGCUGCGACGACCAAGUGCCUUUUCGAAGAAGUCCAGCGACCAAGUUUACGUUGGACCAAGUUCACGCUCGACGACGUUUCCAGGCGACAAAGUGCGUUUCAAUCGAGUAUUUUUUUUUUUUUUUUUUGCAACUGUCUUCUGUUUAGCGAGAUUUAUGUUGAGCAACCUUGCCUUCAACCGAAUCUCAUUCGACGGAACAUGUGAAACAAGUGUCUUGUUGGUCGCUGCGGAGAAUAAUUGCAGAUGGAGAGAAGAAAACUGCUUGAGCGUAGGAGAGCGAGUGUGCCAAAACGCAGUGGUCGAAAAAAAAGUAACCGCAACUUGUUUUGCAAAUAUUUUUUUUUUGUCGAGUGUUGAGUGCGCGUGUGUCCUUCCUUUAUUUCUCCUCGUUCAUUACUUCUUUUUUUCUUUCUUUUUUAUUCAAUCAUUGUUGAAAAAACACUUGUGUGUCAUCUUCUCUUCGAAAGGGUAUUCCAUUAUGUGAGAAAACGUUUUUUUUUUUUUUUUUUCCCCACUGUUUUCUUGUGCCUUGCGUAAUCACGCGCUUCUACAUUUCGUUUUGUAAAUAUAUCGCGGGUGCACUCAAUGUUGCCAGACUAUUGUCAGGUUUCCGUCGAACCACCAAAGUUUUCAUCGUUACCCGACAAAGUGCCUCCUUUUUUUCUUUCUUUUUUUUAUAUACGCGGUGAAUAUUUUUUGUGUCUUCACACGAUUGUCAUUUCUGGCGGUCGUUUUGAUUUCAUUGUUCCCUUUCGACUCCUUAAAAUGGAGCUAGUUAUUUUUUUUUUUUUUUCGCUUGUUUUGGGUUUUGGGUUUGGUUUCUAGUGUGUGGAAUAUUGUGUUUUCACUUUGCAAGCUAAUGAUUUUUCUUUUUUUCUGUGAAUGUUACUAUUUGCUCAUUUAUUUUACUUUUGACGAUGUGUGCGCGCGAGAAGACGACGAUGACACAGAUUGAGAAGAAGAAACCGAAAAAUAACUAGUCCCGCGAACAAUCUGUAAGUGAGCUGCUUUUCAUCAUGAUGUCUGGUCUUGAGUCUUGAGCGCCACGGUUCAUUCCAUGGUCUGACGCCCGGCCUUCUUUUAUCAUCCUUGGCCACACGAUUGUCACCAUAUGUUCGUUAUCGUGACUCCGGUUGUGCGAAAUAAUGAAUUAAUAGAUUAGUAGAUUAGGGGGUGCUCCAACAAGUGGUCCCUUCUGAUACGGCUUGUGCAAUCUCUUCCCCACUUAAAACUGUUCCUUUCGAUUACCUUAAUAUAUUUCGUUUUGCCUUCUCGCUGUGCUCGCAACUUCCGCCACAGAGGUGCCAUGAUGCAGAUGACGAUGGACCUUUUUCGAGAAGGGUUCUGCGCUUGCGGAUUUGCGUUGCGGCAAAAGCUGGAACUUCGAAUGCGUCCAAAAGGGGAGUUGCACCACCUCUUCUCUGAGCCGCGGAGGAGGCCGGAAGGGUAGCGCUCUCCCAUUUCCCGACGCCAGCUGUAGUUCGAACUUCCGCCGCUAAGUGUCGUCUUUAUGCACAAAAAAAGGUCCAUUACCGUCGCAGUGCUCUCCAUGCAAAGUCUAUGUGCUCACAAACUUGGCAAGUGCAAUUUUUUUUUUACAUAUUUUCUGGAUACAUUGCGGGGAGUUAGUUAUCUCGUAUUGUACGAAAUGUAAGCAGGCGUACUUGUGUCAUGAUAGUUCUUUUGUUUUUCUUUCGUCGCGUUAAUACAACGGUGUCGGCGCUCCUCAGCUUUUGUCUCACGGGAAUUUCAAAGAAGCGCCUUCCAAGCGUAUCAUCACUCACCAGUUGGCCGCACUUGUAAACUCAAAAACUUUUUUUUUUUUUUUGGGGGGGGGGGGGGGGGUGCGUAAUUGAUCGUUUUUAUGGGAAUAUUUGGUAAAGAAAAAGACCGGAAUGCAGCGAAUAUGUUAUUCAUUCCGUAGGAAUGGUUUGAAAAACUGUGCAAAAACCGUUUUUUUUUAUGUUUUUUAAAAGGCGCGAUGUUUCGGUCAAGAACCCCGUUUUGCGUCCCACACUCAACCUUCCCGGCCUUCUUUGUCCAAUGCCUCUUGACGAACUUCCUUCCAGACUAGUCUGUCGCGAAUGCUUUAGAUAGUGAGACGCGUUCGUCGGCAUUUCUGUUCUCAAAAUCUCUGUCCGUCCUUCAAAAAAAAAACGACAACGUUUCGUGCCAGGUUUCUUUCUUUUUGAGAGCGCUGAUGGGAGUCUCAACACGCAGACGGAUUUUUGAAGUGUUGUCACGACGAAUCACUGACGCGGUGCAAUGUUUUUACUCUUCGUGGGGGGAACUGGGCAGUGGUCUCUAUGGUUAGCCCUUUGACACCCCUCUCUCAUCUUCGCUCGAUGCCGAAGCAAACGAACCAAAAGUGCCUUCUCUGUCCCGAGACCACGUGAAGGAAGCGAUGGUUCGGCGAAAAGGCCACGCCGCGCAGACAUCAUCAUGAGCGACAAUGAUAUGAUGGUCAUGUUGACGAUGAUGAUGGCUGCCCAGCGUCGCCGACGCUGUCUUGCGAAGUAUCGUUCCACGUGAGAGGGCCUUCAAAGGGAGUGCCUUCAAGCCGAGACCCUUCCGGAGGCCUGUUCUGGCCAUCCCAAACUUCCGAUGGACGUUGUCCGCUUACACGUAUCGGAUCGUUGUAUCCCGAGUCGCUGUGCGUACAUAAAAGCUAGCCUUGGAGGACCUGCGUGCCGAUCUUGACGACGUCUGCUAACGGUACCGAUGGACCGGCGGCUGGACCGUGUCCUGCAGUUGUUCGCCCCCCUACUGUCGCUAUCCCGGAGGUUCCUAUGUCCCUCCUGGUGGAGAGUUGGUCUCGGGGAAUCGUUCGAUGCAUGCCGCAGCUGACGUCAUAGCCAAGGUAGCACCAGGGCGAUCACGUGCUGUCUCCACCGACGGGCUCCGCUUUCCGGCACUCAGCAUUGGCUAUUCUGCCGACUCUGGCACCUAGUCUAGCGUACUCGUCUUGACCUUUAGUCUCGACGACGGUGCCGCAAAGCUUUGCUUUGGGGAAGGAACUUAAAAAAAAAAACAGAAACGGUGUUCGUCACGCUUCUUAACCUCUCUUGAGAAUCGAUGCUGAGGUGAAUUUUGUCUAAUUGCUUUGGUAACUAAAAAUUGAGAGCGUGUCGAAAAAGAAAAGAAAAAUAUGUAGUCUCGAGUGUGAAAAUCUCAACUCUGAUGCCAUCGAGUGUAUAGGAAAAAACAGAAAGAAAGAAUUGAAUUUUUUUUUUCGCGAAAGUACUUGGAAAUUUUACGGGAUGCCAUUCUUGUAAAUACUUAUUGAGAGCAAACGAUCGUCCCUUCUAUUCAUGACUCUAUAUACAUUCAAAAUAUAUCUAAAUAUAUAUUUAUACAAAUACAUAAAUAUAUAUAUAUAUACAUAUAUAUGUCCGCGCUACGUAUAUAGACGUUGUGGCGCGUUGAGAAAUAGUAUAACGCAUUCUAUUUUUUGACAGCCCCUUUGUUUCCCAGCCCCUCUGUUGACCCCGCGACGGACGUUCUCGCUUGGCUUGGCUCGGUCUUCCUUUGGCUUUGUAAAGAAAUUCUGUGGAUUGACUCGUUUCUGUCUAAGACAUUCCGCGACAAUGUAUCACGCCACGUGACCCACGUAAACUAAAUCCGUUCUUUUUUGUUUUGUUUUGUUUUCAGGUGGUUAAAUAACUUUGCACAUAUCGGUCAUCUCUGUUUGAUGUUCAUUGCAUUCUCAUUGCAUCAGUUGUUAGUUUUGGUGACACGCACAAGGAGAUCACAUUGUGUAUAUACAAGUUUACAAUUGAGGGAACAGAAAAGCAGAGCUAGUAGGAAAGUUAUUUAUAUUUUUUUUUCUAUCACUCGGAAAGACGAAAACAUAUCACACAUAUACAUUUUUCGGCGUAUUAUGCUCUCACUUUUUUUUUCCCUUGCGACUUUCAGCAAUUUUUUUCUCUCUUUUUUGCACAGGACAAUGUUGAGAAGCUAAGAUGAAGUUGCGAAAGAAACGUUGAAGCCAGUCAGCAGGAUGCAGUGCGCGUAAAAUGUUCCUUUUUUUUUUUAACGUUUGUAUGCGUUUUUCUUUUUUUUAUUUCUUUGAUAAGUGUUAUUGAGUCUUGGGACCAGACUUCCAGUUAAGAUGUUAAAUUAGCAUGUUACAAGAGACUACCCAGUAUUCGUUCCUAUCAGCUGAUUUGCGCGAAGCAAAAGUCACCAACUACUGAAGCACUUGUUUUCUUAGGGUGUUUUGCACUUGCUGUUUUUUUUUUUUGUUUCCCCUUUUUUUUUCAGACAUACAUAAACAUAUGCUCACGUGCUUCUCUUCCGUUACCUGACCUGUCUCCAGUCAUAUUCGGGAAGCAUCUUUUCGGAACGUGUUGGGUUCCACAAGACGACCGCGGCGUCCUCUGUUGACAUUUCUCUCGACUAGAAUGCAGUGUCGGAACUCAUGGUGACAAUUAAAUGACCAAGUCAUCGGCAGAUGGCGCCCCACCUCUCGACGCCCACACUAAAGUUUGCCGAAAGGAAACUCCCCCGACAUUCUUGCAGUUCGGGUCUUCAAUGUGUCUCGUUUUCUAGAAAAAGAAAAUUAAAAUCUGAAACAAAGCGAAAUAUCCGUUGCUGCUGCCUAUGCAUCUAUUGCGGUCUGUGAUAAUAACACCAGCUAACGAUCUUCUCGUCGUACCUGCUGAAUAAAUUGUACUUGCAAAAGAUUCAA